AUGGAAGACGAAGUUGCUGCUCUCGUGAUUGACAAUGGCUCUGGCAUGUGCAAGGCCGGUUUUGCUGGUGAUGAUGCUCCUCGCGCUGUAUUCCCUUCUAUUGUGGGUCGUCCUCGUCAUCAAGGUGUUAUGGUUGGCAUGGGUCAAAAGGAUUCCUAUGUUGGUGAUGAAGCACAAUCCAAGCGUGGUAUCCUUACUUUGCGUUAUCCUAUUGAACACGGCAUUGUCACCAAUUGGGAUGAUAUGGAAAAGAUCUGGCAUCACACUUUUUACAAUGAACUUCGUGUGGCUCCCGAGGAACAUCCUGUGCUUUUGACGGAGGCUCCCUUGAACCCCAAAUCCAACCGUGAAAAGAUGACUCAAAUCAUGUUUGAGACUUUCAACACGCCUGCUUUUUACGUCAAUAUCCAAGCUGUCUUGUCGCUUUAUGCUUCGGGUCGUACGACGGGUAUCGUUCUUGACUCUGGUGAUGGUGUCACCCACACUGUUCCCAUCUAUGAAGGUUAUGCUCUUCCUCAUGCUAUCUUGCGUCUUGAUAUGGCUGGCCGUGACUUGACCGAUUAUCUUAUGCGUAUUCUUGCUGAGCGUGGUCAUUCUUUCACCACCACCGCUGAACGCGAAAUCGUGCGUGAUGUCAAGGAAAAGCUUUGCUAUGUUGCUUUGGACUUUGAACAAGAAUUGCAAACUGCUGCUCAAUCCUCGGCUCUUGAAAAAUCCUAUGAAUUGCCCGAUGGUCAGGUCAUUACUGUUGGCAACGAGCGCUUCCGUGCUCCUGAGGCACUCUUCCGACCUAAUCUCUUGGGUCAUGAAUCUUCUGGUAUUCACGAAACUGUAUAUAACUCCAUCAUGAAGUGCGAUCUUGAUAUCCGUAAGGACUUGUAUGCCAACGUUGUAAUGUCUGGUGGUACUACUAUGUAUCCUGGUAUUGCCGAUCGUAUGCAAAAGGAGAUCACUGCUCUUGCACCGAGCUCGAUGAAGAUCAAGAUUGUUGCUCCUCCCGAGAGAAAGUACUCUGUUUGGAUUGGUGGUUCCAUUCUUGCUUCCUUGUCUACUUUCCAGCAAAUGUGGAUCAGCAAGCAGGAAUACGACGAAUCGGGUCCUGCUAUUGUUCAUCGCAAGUGCUUCUAA